AUGGCGUCCUACCGCAUCCGGCAGUACCGGGACCAGGACUACGACGCUGUGCGGACCCUCUUCGCCCGCGGCAUCUUGGAGCACACGCUGGCCGGCUACCGCCACGUCCUGCGCUCAGCGCGGGCGAAGCUGGCGCUGCUGGUCCUCUUCGUGGCGGUGCGGGCGGCUGCCGGCUACUGGGUGCUGGGGCUGGGGGCCGUGACGCUGGCGCUGGUGGCCGCCUGGUUCCUGGUCCGCUCCUUCAGCACCUCCUACGUGCAGCAGGCGCUGAGCACCGACCUCCGCGACAUCCCCGCCAGCUACCUGCGGGCCCCCGACUCCUGCUUCUGGGUGGCGGAGGCCGGGGGGGGCGUUGUGGGCAUGGUGGCCGCGCCCCCGCCGCUGGACCCGGCAGAGAGAGGGGUGGCCCUGGAGCUGAAGCGAAUGUCGGUCAGCAAGGACUACCGGGGCCGGGGCAUCUCCAAAGCGCUCUGCGGGGAGGUGCUGCGCUUCGCCCGGGCGCGGGGGUACGGGGCGGUGGUCCUCUCCACCUCCAUGGUGCAGGUGGCGGCGCAGCGGCUCUACGAGGGCCAGGGCUUCAGGAAGGUGGGUGCCUUCAGCCCCUCGCUGCUCGGCAGCCUCCUCUGCUUCCAGAUCUUCCACUACCGCUGCGACCUGCCCGGCCGCACAACGGCCCCGCCGCACUAG